UCUGAGUUAUCUUUUGACUGCAAACGUGCGUUCAUGAUUGUUGAAUGUAUUAUAAAUAACAAUAUUCAAACAAGAGAGUCAUUUGUGCUGUAUGUUCCACAAGUGAUAAUGUGCGUAAAAUCUACUUUAACGUUUAAAAAGAUGUAUAAAACAAUAAUCACAAUAGUUCUUUUUGUUCACCUUUGUAUUGCUGAUGCUGAUAAAAAUUGCCCUAAAAUUAUUAAACGGAGUCAAUGGAGUACUCAGAAUGCAAAGAGCGUAAAUUAUAUAAUUAUUCCCCUUCCUUAUGUGAUCAUUCAUCAUUCAGUUACCCCAGAGUGUAACACCAAAUCACAAUGCAUUUCUAGAGCCGAAAAUAUUCGCUCUUAUCAUAUGGAUGUUCUUGGAUGGGACGACAUCGGAUACUCAUUUUUAAUCGGUGGCGAUGGGAAUAUAUACGAAGGUGCUGGAUGGAAUAGGGAAGGAGCUCAUACUUAUGGGUACAAUAAAAAAUCCCUAGGAAUUGGUUUCAUAGGAUCGUUCGAAAACAAACCAGCAAGCAACCAAAUGGUGGAGGCAGCACAUAAAUUAAUUAUUUGCGGCAAGUCAAAAGGAAUACUUAGAGAAGACGUUCGCGUAAUUGGAGCUAGACAAGUUCAGAGUACAGCGGAUCCUGGAUCUGAACUUUAUGCACAAAUUCAAAAUUGGCCAGAAUGGGCUCCUGAUGCUUAGAUUACUUAUAAUUUUUAAUUACAUAUAUAAUUACAUGCAUGAAAUAUAAAUUUGUUAGCACGUAGUUAGUAGAAUUAAUCAGAUGUAAAUUCGUGUAAAGAUUCGAUACAUUUUAUACUUCCCAUGAACUGUUUGCCGCAAUAAACUUCGAUGAGGAAAAAAUUCAA